GCCGCCCCCGGGGGCGGGGCGACCGGGCCAGUGCCCCACCUUCCGAGCUCACGGCGGGUUGUGAGCGCCGCGCAGCGAGAGCAAUCAUUAUGGCUUCUCCAGCUGUGUUGAUGCGCCUAGUUGCCUCUGCCUAUUCUGUCGCAGAGAAAGCAGCAGCAAUUGUCAGAAAAGUGAUGGCAGGAGGAGAUCUGGGAAUAGUGGAAAAGUGUGGAGCCAAUGAUUUGCAGACCAAAGCUGACCGACUGGUGCAAAUGAGCAUUUGUUCUUCACUGUCACGGAAAUUCCCCAAAUUAACAAUCAUAGGAGAAGAGGACCUACCUUCUUAUGAUGUGGAUGAAGAGUUGAUUGAGAAUGGCCAGUAUGAAGAAAUCCUAAAGAAAACUUGUCCUCCACAAUACAGCACCAUCAAAGAGGAAGAGCUUGUUGUAUGGGUUGACCCUUUGGACGGGACCAAAGAAUACACUGAAGGUCUCCUUGACCAUGUAACAGUUCUUAUUGGAAUCGCUUAUGGAGGCAAAGCAAUAGCAGGAAUUAUUAACCAGCCCUACUAUAACUAUGAGGUCAAGAGUGCAUCUGAUGCAAAGUUUAUAGAGAGAUUUGCAAACGUUUAUUCAUUAUCCCACUGGCCAUGUGAGGCAGGAGCUGAUGCUGUGCUGGGCAGGACAAUCUGGGGAGUCCUGGGUUUAGGUGCCUUUGGAUUCCAGCUGAAAGAAGUGCCUGAUGGGAAGCACAUCAUCAUCACUACCCGCUCACACAGUAGCAAAAUGGUGAAUGACUGCAUUGGUGCGAUGAACCCAGACACUGUAGUCAGAGUUGGAGGUGCAGGAAAUAAGGUCAUACACCUUAUAGAAGGCAAAGCAUCUGCUUAUGUGUUUGCUAGUCCUGGGUGCAAGAAGUGGGAUACCUGUGCUCCUGAGGCAAUUUUGCAUGCAGUGGGAGGCAAGCUGACUGAUAUCCAUGGAAAUUCCUUGCAUUAUAACAAGGAGGUGAAACACAUGAAUUCAGCAGGGGUACUUGCUACCUUGAGAAACUUUGACUAUUAUGCUAGUCGUGUUCCUGACAGUGUCAAACAAGCCCUUGUGCCUUAAGGCAGAAAAGUAUCUUUCAUUUGGCUGUUUGGGGAAAAACGGAUUAAUGAGACUGAAAAAUUGUUUUAUGAAAUCUGAGGCUAGAUUAAUUCAGAUACUUUGAUCAGUAAUUUGUUGUAGAAAUUAGUGCACAGAAUACAUGGAUAUCUUGCAAAAUUAGAUUGUUCAGUGGCAUGUUCACAAGACAAAGUAAUAGCAAUGCUGGUUUUUCAAUAUGGACUGUAGUUGUUUUCCCUAUUCUUUGUAAGCAAGGUAUCUAAGAAAAUCUGUAUUUGUGGGACUAAAUUUAUUGCAGUUAUACUGUACUGCAUAAUGUCAUAAUUCAAAUCUAUUUUCUUAAUUUAAGAUACAAACCUGUAACCAAAUCUAAGUUAACCUGAGUUUGCUCAACAACUUUUUGUUGUAUGUAGGCAGCAGUACUUAAUUCAGUUUAUGUAUGGGUAAUAAAUUAUUUGUUUUGGUUGAUCAAAUUCUUUAUAAUAAAUUUACUGUUACUGAUUCUUAAA